CAAGCCUACUGCAGGUGCAGAUACUAUCACCUCCGCCUAACACCUACCCGAACACCUCCGCCUCUCCCCUUCAGCAAUGCUCCUCUCCCUCCUCCCCCCUCCUCCUACUCUCGGCGGCAGCGCUUCUGCCCACAUGCGCGCACAGUCCGCACCCUUUCGCCCGUCGGCACAACCCUCCACAUCAGUCCCCUCGUUAUCAGUCCUCUCCACAUCAGCCCUCUCCGUAUCAGUCCCCUACAUAUCAGCCUUCAACUCGCGCCGCUACGUAACUCCUUUCCUCCGAGGAGUCGUCGUCUCGAGGCUUCACGCAGGAGGCUCCGGAGGGGGAGGGGAGGAGAGACCGAGAGAGGACAGCUCGACGCAGCUGCCUGGACCACUUCCAGGAGAUAUCCCCUCCUUUCCUAUUCCAAACUCCGUGCCGCCUUUCCGGGGGUCGCCUGAUUUUCCUGGCAUGCGCAGCGUAGAUUCCGGCGUUGCUCCCCUUUCCGGCGUAUCCAAGGAUGAAUCUUCUUCUGUGUGGCCCAGCCUGGCUGCGAGCACUCUGAGCGAGCUCGAUGGCGUCGUCGAGAGGAGAAAUGGAAAAGGAGGGGAAGCGGCGAAUGAGGGAGGAGGGGGUUCGGGAGAUGAGGAAGAGUGUGGAUCGGAUGAUGCAAGGGCAGCAGGACUAGCAGGACCGGCAGCGGUACCAGCGGGACCAGAAGCAGGACCUGCAGCAGGACCAGCAGCAGAACCAGCAGCAGGACCAGCAGCAGGACAAGAGCAGACGGUUGGGGUGAAAUGGCUGGCCAAGGCGAGACAGCAGGCGCUUCCGCCUGAUGCUGGGGACAGAGGGAUGGAAGCUGGCAAGAGUUUGUCUGGUGGUGAAGGACAGAGUGGGAACGGAGGAGGAGGUGGAGGUGAGAGCUCAGAGGAACCGAGGGGAGUUCGGAGGAGCCCGGAAGAUGGCGAGGUUGUUUUGGCGGCUGAGGUGGAGCGGUUCGUCCAGGCGUUUGAGGAGCUCAAGAGAGAGGCGGUAUCGCUUGGCAUUCCGGGGUAUGCUCUCCCUCGCGUGGAGAGGGAGGAGGAUCCCAGGGCAAUGGUUAAGAAGCUAGUGGAAGCUCGCAAUGAGGUUCUGGGAAUCAUGGCGUCUCGGCUGAGCUCUAACCUGUAAAUAGCAUUGCAUUAAAGGGUGGAGUUGCUAGAAAGGUUGAGGUUUAUGGAAUGUUUACACCUUCAUGAUGCUUGUAUGAGUGCCGGUAAUUUCAAUUUACUGUAGAAUCUUCAGAAGAAAUGCGCAGAUCGCCG